AACCUCACAGAGAGAGAACAUGCCGACAGGGAUGCAGUAAUAACAUAGACUGUAAGCUGUGUGAACAGCCACAGAUUUGGAUGCCAAUGAUCAAUUUUACCACAGUCUUGCGGAGAGACCAGGGUUUGAACAAGACUCAAGAAAACAAGAACAGAUGCACAGAAUAGCAGCUGAACACUGAAGAUUAAGCGCAAAGGAUAAAGACUUUAAGAAACAACUUCUCAAAACAAACCAGACUUUAGAGCAGCUUCAACAAACACAGACAAAAGAGGACAACCAGAAGGACAAAGUUACAUAGCUGCAUGACUGAAUCUGACAGAAAUGGAAUAAUGCCACACUCAGCUCUCCUCUCCACAUGAAGAGAGACUAAGAGAUAGAAAACAAGUCUCUGGAAAUCAGAAGGACAGAAUUAUACAUAGAGCAAUGACAUAACAACGAAAGCAGAGCACAAGAAACACACACACAAAAAAACGGGAUUUGUAAACGAAGGACACUGACUAACCGUAGAAAAUUGACCCAGCACUCUGUUCAGCCCAGAGGGAACAUGUCAAAUUCCUCCCGUCUGAGUAGACCUGGAUCAGCAGGGCUAAAGAGCCCCAGUUUGAGAAAGGAGGUGCAGGGGAACCGCUCAUGCAUGCUGCGGAUCGGAGAGAGGCUGAUGAGGGCAGGCAGCGAAGGAAAUCUCGUCCAGAGACCAGUUUCAGUCCAGAACCAAAGCCAGGCAUGCUCCUCUGGAUUAGGACAAAGACCAAAUGGGCAGACACGACCUGCAAUCUCCAGUGCACGUGCAGAGAAUCACUCCAGCAAAGACGUAGAGAACACUCUGUCCACAGUCUCUGCAACUGCUGUGGACAGCAACACUGAGCAUCCCCUGCAGAAGAGGCAGCACACUGACAGCAGCCCUUCCUGGAAGUCAUACAGCUCAGCUCCACACUCCCCAAGCACCUUACCUGGACGCCACACUGGUGCCAGCAGCAGGGAGCAUGAGUUUGAUGUCCUGAGAGGACAGCACUAUGAGGCUGAGAGGAAGGAAGUGUUCCUGGAGCAGCUGAGACACAAGUACUCUCAGCAUACUGCUACUAUCACAGACCACCAGGAACGCAUUAGGGAGCAGGCCAGAAACCCCCAACCUCCUGAAAGCCCCCACUGUACAGGUGUCCUGGGCUUGGCACAGCAGGAGUCUGUGGCUGCAGUGACCAUGUCUAAAGGAGAAGGGCUACCGACUGCAGGACAAUUUACCAGGGGUUGUAAAGCCAGAGCAAGUCUACCUGUAGGUCGCUCCAGUAGUCACUCUAAAGAGAGAUCGAAAGGUGUGCUGUACCUGCAGUAUGGGGAGGAGACUAAGCAGGUCUAUAUGUCUUCAGAAAUAAUGAGUCAGGAUGCUCUGCGGGCCAUGUUUAUAAGCGCCUUCCCACAACAGCUCACCAUGAAGAUGCUGCAGUCUCCCAACAUGGCCAUCUACAUCAAAGAUACAAGCCGCAAUGGCUACUAUGGUCUUGAGGACAUCAGAAACAUUGCACCUCACUCUUGUCUGAAGGUUUACCAUAAGGACCCUGCACAUGUGUUCAACCGCCACACUGGGCCCACCAACACUGAGGGAAGGAUCUCAAAAGAGGGGUUAUAUGGAAGCUGCAGUCCCCUCCACACACUGUCGUCAUCCAGCCGCAGCCCCUUGCACAGCCUGCAGGGCUCCAUGUCCCCACCCAUGGUCCGCUCCAUGCCGUCUUCUCCCUCCAGAAUGGCUUAUGGUGGAGGGGGUGCACAUGGAGGAGCUGGGGUUGUAGAUCCAGGAAGUGCCACAUUACCACGGGAGUGCCUGUCAGGCCGAUCCAGCACCCUGUCAAGCAGUAGUAGUUCAAUACUGGAGAGGAGAGAUGUGAAGCCCGAUGAGGAUGUUGGCAGCAGCAAGAGCAUGGCUCUAGUGGUGCAUGGUGAAGGACCACAUUACGCGGACUCAUACUGCUCAUCGAUUUGGGAUGAAGUUGCUCAUCUGAGCAUAGCGUCCUCUCAGUGCAGUGCUCCUCCCUCUCUCACUGCAGACCUGGUGGAUGGAGGGGUACCGGGGAUCCCAGGGGGUUUGCAACAGUACCGGGCCUCAGUUAAACCACUAAUGGGCUAUGGGGAACGCAUAGAGCACCAGACCUGCUCCCCCCAUAGACAAAAAAGCAGGAACUAUGGGGAUAGCCAAUAUCCUCUGCAAGGUAGCAAAACCGCCGCCAUCAGAAUGGCUGAUGCGCAGAUCAUCAGAGGGGUGGGCCCAGUGUCUCCCGAGAGGAUGUCACAGAUCCGACGGCCCCUUUGGCAGGAGAGUAACGGGGCCGCAAAUGAGAUCAGAAACAGAAGCAGAGGAAGUGGAUCGUCAUCUUCUGUGUCAUCUGUUUUUAUGGACAAUCCGCUGGCACAACCUGAAACACCGUUUCAAGGUCCUGUGACUACUGCUGACACACAAAGUGAGCGAAUGAAAGCGAUGGAGGAGCAGAUUGCCAGUCUGGCAGGGCUGGUGCACCAUGCUUUGUCCAUGGGAGCAGAAAGUGCAGGACUGAAGGACACUGCAAGAGAGAAAUGGGGGCCACAAAGUUACCAACAACACAUCAGCCCAUUGCUAUCUGAAGCUCAGAAGUCAGCAGCCACUGUUAAUACCUGUUGUCCCGCAUCCAUGGCUGUGGCAGUCCGUCCCUGUGACAACAGGCUGCAGCACAACCUGACUUCAGCAAAGAGGAGCGUGUCUGACCUGCGGGUGCAACUCAGCAAACUCAGGCACUUGCAGAUCUCAAACCAGGAGGCAGUGAAUUCCAUGCUGAGGAUGGCAGGUCAGGAGCUGCUGGUGGUGAUGUGUGAACGUCUGGCACAGUCUGAGGAGGCAGCAUACAGACAAAGAGCUGAGAUGGAGGAGGAGAAGAUGCAAUAUCUGGCUACAGAGGAGAAAAUCCUCACACAGCUCAGUAAACUGGAAGAGUACGUGGCACAUCUACAGAGCUCCCGCUGCUCUGUCACUCUGAGAGAUGUGGAAGAAGGAGCGGUGAGCCUGCGCAAUGUUGGAGAAACUCUGGCCAUUCUUAAAAGUGAGUUUCCAGAACUGCAGGUCAAGAUGUGCUCAGUGCUUAGGCUGGAGGUGGAAGCAAUGCGUUUCCUGAAAGAUGAACCCCAGAAAAUGGAUUCCAUGUUGAAGAGGGUCAAAGCUCUGACUGAGGACCUCAGUGCACUCCGCAGGUGUAUGUCAGAGUCUUUCCCUCUUGCCAGACCAGUCCAUGGCGAACCUCUAAAGGUCCAGGAAACAGACAAAGACCCUCUGAAAACUCAGAGUCCCAGGAGCUCUCCCAAACCUCAACCUCGCUCUUCAUUCAGACCACCUAUGGCCACACCAGAGGCUGAAGUUGGCUUUGCAGGCUCAACCUCCCCCAUCAAGGCCCACAGAAUGAAGACUACAACAGCUACAGUGAUCCAGGCCUCCCAUCACAACCCCCUGCUGACACCCACUCAUGGAGAAGAUUCAGUGGCUGUAGUCAAGACUACAGAAAGACAGACCCGAGAGGGCCCUCUCAGUGUAGACCCCAGCACUGUGAUCCAGCCCAGCAGCAACUCUGACUUCAGUCACAUUGCUCCUCCCAACACUACCAUCACAGAGUGUGACAAGGCUCUCCGGAAGACCCAGCCUACCCCGCCUGCACCAAAGGCAGAGCAGGACACCCCACCGAACCUGACACUACAAGCUCCAGCAGAGCAACAGACAGCUGGGUCUGACACCGAGGAACACAAAGCUCCCACACAGAGUGAUGAAGUGGAUUCACAUCAACUCAAACCCUCAGACACAGCAACUGCUCUAUCAUCAUCAUCGUCAUCAUUGUCAUCAUCAUCAACAGCAUCAGCUGCUGGCAGCACAGAGCAGAGUAGCAGGCCACAGGUUGACAAACCCUGCCGCUCCACUGUUGAUAAAGACCUGAACCAAAGUCCAGAAAGAGCCAGCAAGUCUCCUCCUCCACCUCCUCCAAGAAGGUUUCAUGCAGUCAGUUCAGGCCUCACCGCAGGAAGGUCAGAAGAAGUGGUCAGCAGCAGAAAAGAUCCUUUGGGAGUACAGGACAAGCAUGAGAAGGAGCUGCCAGUGACUCCACAGCCCAAACCUCCCAGACAGCCACCCGAGGUCAAAGCUAAACCCCAAAACACUGCCGGUGUGUUGCCUCCUCCCACCUCCAGCCCCACCCCAGCCACAACUGACAGGAAGGAGGAGCAAGAAGAGGAAGAGGAUGAGGACAACAAAUUCAUGAAAGAACUCCAGGUGACUGUUGAUACAUCACAUGAAAGUCUAUUUAUUGGAAAAACUAAAGGAGUGGGAAGUACAUCUUCAGAACCACAGGUGGCAAUUCAGAAUCCUCCAGACCUGCUAACAUCUGUCCAUAAGUCUGUUCCAUGCCCAGCAAUUGCAGAAAUCUGCCCUGAUAAAUCCACAACACUUGAAUGUAAAGACUCCUGCGAUGCUAAGGAAGACACUGUGGAUCCUGAUAGCAAUGAAGUUGUUAUCUUAACUUGUGCACCAGCAGAAAAGAUUUGGGUACCAGCACCUGCUUUACAAGAUGUCCACAUUGUUAAUGAAGGAAAUGAAGCACUAAAUCCCACCGUAAAGCCAACAGAUAAGUUAGUGUCAACUUCACAGGAUGUAAAGGCUCCUCCUGUUAAUACUGUGAGUCCUAAUAAGAUGACAGAUGUGUCCUCUACAACUAUGGUAGAUACAGAAAAAGUAAAAUAUACAGCAGUUGUAACUCUGCAGAAAGAAUACAAACAAGCACAUGGUAUUCCCAGUCCUGAUAAGACAAAUGAAAAGGCUGUUAACCAAUCACUAGCUGAGAAGAAGUCUAAUUUGACAGUGGUUGUAACUGUACAAAAAGCAAACACCACAGAGGAUUACUCUGCAGCAUUAUCACCAGGGUCACAAGAGAAGUCCCCCAGAUCACAUCAAGAUGUAGGAUCUCCAUCAGCCAUAAAACCUCACCUCAUUUACAACCACAGCAGCAAACGGGAGAUCCAAAAUGCAGCAGUGGAGGGAUCCACAGAUCUAAUUCUAUACACAGAUGAGGAUGGAUGCAGUCUUAGCCCGGAGAGCUGCAAUGAUGAGGGACCUCCCCCUCCACCACCUCCAGCAAAAAAAAUCAGCCUGCGACUAUCAAAGACCAAACCCAAAACUCGGUCCAAAGAGGAGAAGCUAAAUAAGAUGAAUGACUCAGAGAUACAGACUGAGGAUGGGGAUGCCAUCAAUCUGGCUUAUGAGAACCAUGGCUUUGAAGACCGCAGUGACUCUAACAAGGCACCUGUCAUUGUUUUCUUAGAUGAGCCUAUGGACAUUCAGACUGCCUACAAGCGUCUGUCAACUAUAUUUGAAUAUGAAGAGGAUCAGAUUCUUCUCGAUGAAGAGGGAUUGAGGCAAGAGGAAGAGGAACAGAAAUUGGAAAUGACUGGCAUUGAAAAAACAGAUAAUGGGCCAAUGUUUGAUAACCAAGAGCAAGGUAAACCAGAUUCCCUCAGAAAGACAGACACAAAAAGGAAAUUCAAAUUUAAGUUCUCAAAAAAUAAAUUGGCACAAAUUAGCCAGGCUAUUCGAACAGGAACAACCAAGACAGAAAAAAAAACUCUUGAGAUUGUUGUCCGUGAGGAAGAACAGGUGAUAACAUCAGACAUCAAACCUAGGAGAGAAACCAAGAAGCAAUCAAAGGAAAUCAAGAGGUUUGAGAUCAGCAACACCAAACAGCAGGAAGCAGACUUGAGCAAAGUCAACACUUGUAACAGAGACAUAUCCUCUCCUAGACUCUCCAAGACAACUAGCCAAGAUCUCUGCAAGAUUGCAUUUUGCGACAAUGUACAAGAGUCCAUUAAACAGUUGGAAACCAGUGUGGACAGUAUAACUUCCUCGCUCUCAUCUUCCUCUAUUAGAUGUUCACCCCCACAGUCCCCUGAUCCUUCCUUAGGCUCCAGUGAUAGAGCUAAACUUCAAGACAAUGUUAAAAGAGAAAGGGAACAAAGUCCUUCCAAGAGGCCAGCCUCUCAAAUUCUGAAGGAUCCAAAUCUGCCUCAAAGUAAAAGGGCCAAAGCACAACCUCCACAUGGCAAGAUGAAAACAUCCACCAAGAAACAGACUUCCAGCAGUAGCUCCAGCUCUCCAGCUCAGCGAUCCCAGGUCAAGUUCCGACAUUCGUCCACCUCUGGCUCACCAAAGAUUUCACCACCCACAAGUCAGCAGCAAACCAUCCAGAAGCAGAGCAGCCAGGCUAACAGCAGAGGCACUAGAGCAGUUGGUGAUACUAAUGAUUCUGCGACUCCCUCACGUGCCUCAAAGAUACCAGCUUUGUGCCAUAGCUCUGGGAAACAGCCAUAUGCCUCUUUGUCCACUUCUCUCUGCUCAGACACCAACUUAUCCACCUCCUCCUCCUCCUCUUCACCUUCAUUUUCUUCCACCCCCUCUUUGGGGAAACACUAUCAUUCUUCAAAGUGUCUUUCUCAUUCCCCUCCUUCCUCAGCACAGUAUCCCAGGCAGGCUUUUCUGUGCUCCCUCUCUCGCUCCUCAUUGGUUAAAAACUCCUCUUCGUCUGAGUCUCCACCUUCCUCUCCCCUAUUAUCCUCUUCUCUUCUUCACAAGUCUUUGAUCCCCUCUCUGAAUCUGAGUCGUCUCCUCACCUCGUCUAGCCUCGUGUCAUCGCCAUCCCACGCUAGCAGCACAUCUGCAGCCCCCGCUCAGCACGGGCCCCACAGCAGCAGCAAACAUCAGCACUGCCUCGCCUUCACCUCCAGCACCAUCUGUACCUCCCAACACAGUUACUCCUCCUCUUCCUCGUCAUCCCCACCAUCAUCCUCCACUUCCUCCUCUUUGUCUCCCACUUCCUCCUCCUCCUCCCCUUCCUCUCCUUCCUCCUUCCUCCUCCCCACUAUGGUGAGUCAUGGAGCAAAGAGUGUUCGAACACCAGCAUCCAGUCCCCGCUCUCCAAGCCACAGCAAGAAGCAGCGCAGCGUGGGUAAAGUGAGUGGUGUCCUGCAAACACCAGUGUCUGGGACAGCUUUCAAGGAUACAGCAUGACACUUUCAUAGCGUCAUCCGAUGAUAUGAAAACAAAAACAGAUGAAAAGAUGUGCUCACAUCUAGCUGAUGGGUAAGUGAUUAUUAAACAACAUUGCACUGUGUUUUCGUACAGCAAUACUGUGUGAAGUUUACCAUUUGAAUUUUUUUAUGAAAAAUAUGAACAUUAUAGUAUGAACAUUAUAGUAAGGCUUGUAAAUACUAGGCCUUCUGUACAUGUACAAGUGUGAAUGAAUUGUGUAAUCUUUUUGAUUUAGAGGCAUCCAGUGGUAAUAUUGCAAAUUGCCACCAGCUGAAUCCUCCUCCACUCACCCUCCCUUUCAAUGACCGUUUAAAAACACUAAGGUCCCUCUCUAGGGUCAGUAUUUGGUCUGUGUGUCCUGGGCUUUUUGGUCUGGUCCACAGCCCAAAACAGUAGGUGUUGGCAAAGUGCAUUGCAUACCACUUGCCAUAAACUUCGAGAAAAGAAAAUGAAGUCUAUUGUGAGCUAUGGUAAAAACAUGGCUCAUGGUGGAUGCAGCCUGCUCCCUCUGUAGAUACAGUUUAGAGAACUCCAUCUAAGCCGACCAAAGAACAGCCAUUCUUUUUGCAUUAUUAAAACGUACUUCUAAGUAUUAUUUUCCAUUUCUGAAAUUACAUCUCCUUGAAUCCCACACAUUCAAUUUUUAAGUAUUUACUGAGCAUAUAUGAUGAAAACCAACAUUUCCAAACACUUUAAAAUACACAGCAUAGACAGCAUAGAUCAAUUUUCAGUCAGUCUUAAAACAGACAUAUACACCUGAUAUUUAGACAUGAAACACCCAUGAUGGGUAUGGCAAUAUCAUGGCUAAGGUUUGGUUGAGUUUUGCUACAAAACAUUGGGCUAGCAUAAAAAAAAAUAUCAAUAAAUAAAAUUAAUAAUUUUUAUUUGUAAGUGCCUUUCAAAAAUCUCAAGGGCACUAAAAACCAAUGGAUAAAGACAAAUACAGAAGGAAAAGGAAGUGCAGGAAGUGCAGUACAGAGUAAUUGUAAUGACAGUUACUAUGGUGAGUCUGGAUUUGAAGAGUCAGUCACUGAGUCACAAAGUUUGUCAUGAUACAUCCCAAGAGCCCUGUUAUAGGGCUAGUCUUCACCUGCCUCUUCUGACACAUAUUCAUACAACCAUGAGGUCGCAGUAAUCUACUUUUCUUAUCAACCCAAAUGAUUGCUUUGGUGGUGAGGUCCUGCUCCAGAAAGCAGGUCUAAGAAUCUCAUUCUGAAGCUGAAUUCUGAGUUCAUAAACUCUGAAUGUUUGUUCAAGGACAGUCAAUUUGUGUUAGUUCCAUUUUUAGCUUACUGGCCGAUAGGCUGUAAGCUAUUGUCGUCAUGCGGCCUCCGGCGGCGGUGUCUUUCGUCGUCGUGUGUUACAAAAAUUUCAAUUGUCUUCUUCUCCGAAACUACAAUUCCGAUUGACUUCAAAUUUGGUAUACAGCUUCUUUAUGAUGAUGUCAACAAAAGUUAGUGAAAUUAUUUGGAUUCGGCUCUGAUUCUGGAUUUGGUGCGACUUUGAUUUAUAAGAGAUAGGAAGUGCCGGUAAGCUACAGGGCCAUUGGUCCUAUUUUCACUUCAGUAUUUUGAGUUCAGUGUGUGCCUGGUAAAUGAAGGUAUAAACUCAUGAACUCAUGCAUGGAUUUCACUAACCUGCAGUAUAAGCUGCAUCUUGGUAAAGCUGAGCAUGUCAGAAGCAUGUAUCUCAGUGUUAAAUGAAACAUCACUUGCCUGUUUUUAAGUACUUCCAACUCUGGCCAUCACAUAAAGUGAUUCAUUGAUCAUAUGUCUGCAGUGCAGUACAGGUGUUAUUUUAUUUUACAAAACAGAUUCAUAUUGUAUCUAGUCAUUGUGAACUGACCUGAGCAAGUAACCAAUCAGUGUUUCAUUUAGAAAGCAGUAAGAGGAGACACACAGAUACUCAAGGUUUGUUGAAGAAAACCUGCCAGGAAGCAGGUUAGUUUCAUAGAACCAGGUGCUCCAGUGACUGACUCCAGGUUAAAUUGUUUCCCUAAUUUCUGAGUUUAAAAAACUCAGUAAACCUGCUUUCUGGAACAAGAUCCAGAUUGCAUGUCAACAUGUCCAUAAGCAACAUCAGACUUAAUCUAAUCUUCUGCAAAUCAAAAAAAACUUAAUUCUAAACAUAUGUUCAGAAGUAGCAGAUAAUCAUAUAUGUAGUAUUAAAGAACACUGCCCAGAACAAUAUGAGACCAGCUCCAAAUGUUGAUUCAACAUAUACUAAAUUACAGUGCUUCUUUUCUUGCUGUUUCUCUUAGCAGCUGUUUUUAAAUUCUGUUUUUUUUUUAUUAUCAUGAUACUACAGUAGCCAACAGGUGCAAAUGCACUUCAUAUACAGAAACGACAUUUUUUUAUAUGUUCUUUUAUAAAAAAGAACAUACCAUUUUUUAGUGCUGGUCAAGUCUCUUUAAAAAUGACUAUAUUCUACAUAGCUGACUAGCUGAUAGCUAAAUAUCUCACAAUACAUUAUAAAACCUGCUGAUCACUGCUUCUUGUUAAUAUUUUAUCUUCAAAUAAAAUUUAGAAAUGUCACAGAAAUGUUUCAAGUGUCAGCGCACUGGCUGUUUUAUUUCAGAAUGUCAAAUGAACACGUUAGUCUUCCUAUAAAUAUAUGCAAUUCAGUAUUUAUAUAGAUUCUGUAAAUCACAUGCAGCAUAAGAAAUUUCCAGUGCUAACGUCCACAUAGCUGAGGAGAGGAGGAAUUACCUCAACAUUUUUAGUUUUCUGUAGAGUUAUAAAAUGAUGAUGCCUACCAGCCGUCUCCAAGCUCUUCCGCAAAAUGAUGUAGCAGCUUGUUUCAGGGUGAAAAUGAUAUCAGUUUUCAGAGGUCGUUCAUUAUAGAAACACACCAAACGCAUCCUUCAGAUUUGCGUAUAUUUCUGUGAUGGCUAUUUAAUAAAAGAUUUACCAUGAUUUGAUUAUAAGUUUAAUUAUUUUAAUGUACUGAGUCAUUAUAUGUUUAUGAAUAUGAAUAUAAUGAUAAGCAGGUAAGCAGAGUUUAUUUUCUACCGACAUGUUUUUAAGGAUGACUACCUCACUGGUUAGUCAUUAGUUAACACCAGCCAAUUAAGGGACUAUUAGUGGAAUACAGAAUGUGUGGUGACUUUAAACAUUUGAAUAUAUUUAUAAAUUUUGAAGUGUAUUAGGACAUGUUAUUAUGUAUAUGCACUUUUCCCAAAGUCAGUCCUCUAUAGUCCCAUAUAUAGAUUUCACUAUGUAAAGAAUACUUUCUGUAAAGAUCAGUCAGUGUCAGUGUAUUUUUAUAUGCAGAUAAAGUAUAAUAUAUCAGCUCUAUACAGCUUUCUUCAGCCUGGGUAGUGUCUUUUUAUGUAGCUGAUGACUAUUGUGCUUUUACAGAAUUGUGUGAAGUCUUAGUGAGUUGUUUGAAGUGACUCUUGCCAAAAAUAAAGAAUUUGGUGUUUCUUUUUUCCUCUCUCUGUUCAUGAUUACAGGGCCUUUCUGCCUGUGUAUAAAGGCCACUUCCCAGUGCUUCCCAAUGCUCAAUGUUUUUCAGAUGGGAAAUAUUUGGAAAAAAAUAUAAUAUAAUAUAAUAUAAUAUAAUAUAAUAUAAUAUAAUAUAAUAUAAUAAAAAAAUAUAUCAACAGUCUCCCCUAAUUCUUUGCAUUUUAAAUCAUUGUAAUCAAUCCAAUUAGUUUUUUGUUUUUUUGUGUUUUUUUUUAACAGCAUUGUAGUGACUUUGUAAACUGGUAAUAGCUUGGUAUUAACAGUAAUUGUAUUUGGUCAGUAAUAUGUAUGCCAAUAGGUUAAAAACAGGGUAAUAAUAGUGGAACACAUUUAAAGAUACUAAUGAGGCAAAAUAUAAAAUUAUGAUCACACAUAUGGGCAAUUUAGAAUGACCUAUUAAAACACACGUGUUUGAAUUAAAGGAGGAAGCUGGAGUAGCUGGAGAGAACCUGCACUGACAUGGGGAGAACAAACAGUAAAUCGGCACUGGAUUUAUUUCUACCUUCUUCCUAAGAGGCAAUAGUGCUAACUAUGGGUUAUUUACCCAUAAAUGGGUCAGUGUGUUUGGUUUCACAAUUUGUCUUACCUCAGGACAAAUUGUGCCAUAGGAUGUCAGACCAUUGUCCUAAAACUAGAAUAAUAUGAUUAUAUGUUGAAAUUUAGUGCACAACACUUACUAAUGUUACUACAUUCAGUAACUGUUACCAUAAAAUGUAAAAAGUGGCUUAUAUUGCCCUGGUGUCUCAGUCCACGGCCUAUAUUAUGUCAUUAUUAUUUAUAACCCCCUUAGCUCAACUCCUACACCAGAUAUUGCUAUAUAACCAUUUUAUGAUUGUAGUUUAUUUGAUUAUUACUAAAUAUUUUUGACUUAUUGCUACAACCAUUUAAUGUGUUUCCUUAUUCUUACCCAUUGUUUUUUUAUCCUCUUGUUACACUGCCUAGGGCUGGGUAGAGUUCAGAAAUGUUCAAUAUCUGUACUGAUAUUGAACAGUGCUUUCAAGGUGCUUUUGAAGCACCUCAGCGUCAAAAGCAGGUCUUAUUUCCCAUUAUAGCAAAAUCAAAAUUAUAUUAGGCUGUAUGUAACAUAACCUAAUGCAGCUCAUUUGCAUUUUUAUACAGUGAAAUUACUUUUACAACACAGAAGAUGAACGUAUUCAAAAGUUCAUGUUGUGUACACCAGCCAUUUAGGAGUGCCACUUUCACUGAUGCUGACGAGAGCUACUCCUUGUGUAUCAAAGUUUACUAGACAUUUUUUUAUACUAAAUUCAGGACGCAUCUCAGGUGUAAAAGUAUUUCAUUUGUGUACCCUGCCCUAACUGUUGCAUAAAUGUCAAUCUAUUAUUACAUAGAUUUAGCUACUGUUAAUACAAAACUAUUACCUAUUUAUCACUUUUGACAAAUGUCACUAAUUGCAAAAAAUAAAAUGGCUCAUUGAGAUAUCCUGAAGACAAAAGGUGAUGCUGUUUCACACUCUAUUCUUCUGUAACACAUCAAACACAAGUGAGUAAGUAAGUUAGCUUUGUGGUUUGGUUUGGUUUGGUUUGGUUUAGUUUGGUUUUCUAUAUUUUAUCUAUUAGCCUCAGAGUCCCAAACAUGCAGCAUGUCUGAAAUGUAAAAAAAUAUUUCUAGAAUCCUCAUGUUCCUGUCCAACUGAACCUCACAUCAUCCAUGAGGGGAUUAGUUCUAAUUCAUUAAAUGGACAUCACCUUUGCUCCACAGUUCAGGCUCUUGGCGUCUGUUUCAUCAUGUGAUGUAUUUUAUGUUGCUACAUAUGUCAUGUGAUGUAUAAUGUUCUAUACAGUGAGAGAUGUCUGAUAUGUGAUACUAAUUUGUGGUACACUGAGAUCAGACUCAACGUUGGGGAUGUUGUGAUGCAAAAUAAAAAUAAUGGAUAAGUAAAAAGCCUGUUUUUCAAAUGUUUAGAGCAGAAAUUACAGAUAUUUGUUUUAAAAACAUAGGGAGUAAAAGGAAAAGGUUGAAGUACAUUAAUGAAGUUUUAAGAUUAGUGAAGAUAAUUGUGUAUUAUGUUUGGCACUAUAUAAAUAAAACUGAACUGAAGAAUUUGUACUUUGUUACUUCCUCCCUCUGCUGACAAACUCAAUCUCAUUUUGAUCAUGUGACGCCUCUUCACUGGACACAUGAUAAAGUGGCUCUGAUUCUGAAACAGAAAGCCCAAACUGCCCGUUUUAAGUGAUGUGUGUUUGGUUUUACAAUUUGAUUUAGACAGUGUGGACCUUUCACAGUGUUCAGCAUCAGAGUUUGGAAUUCAAACCUGAGGCUGAAUUCAAUAAAAGCUUUGUUUACAUAUCAUUUUUUUCCCCUCAACCUUUGCAUGCCUUAAAAUAAUUGUCUGCCAGUUGGAAACUUGCUGUCUUUACACUGUUGUAAGUAGCUGCUGUGUUUGCUUAUUUUGUAAGAGAACUAAUAAAGGGCUUCCAAAGCAUCUC